GCUGUUUGGCAUCGAGGCGUGGGGCUCCGCGGAGAGGCCUUGACCAGGCAGGGCCUGGGUCCGCGGUUGCCGGCUUGGGGCCGGGGGUCUGAGGCCGGAUCUCCGCCUCUGGGCCCAGGAAGAUGGUGCUGGGGGGUUACCCGGUGAGUUACUUACUUCUGUGCGGCCAGGCGGCUCUGCUGCUGGGAAAUCUACUGCUGCUGCAUUGUGUGUCUCGGAGCCACUCGCACAACGCCACCGCCGAGCCCGAGCUCACAUCCGCUGGCGCCACCCACCCGGAGGGCUCCCCCGGCGCUGCGAGCUGGGAGUAUGGCGACCCCCACUCUCCAGUCAUCCUUUGCUCUUACCUACCUGAUGAAUUUAUAGAAUGUGAAGACCCAGUGGAUCAUGUUGGAAACACAACAGCAUUCCAGGAACUUGGUUAUGGUUGUCUCAAGUUUGGGGGUCAGGCCUACAGAGAUGUGGAGCACACUCGCGUGCAGUGCCGGGCCCUGGAUGGAAUCGAGUGUGCCAGCCCGAGGACCUUCCUCCGAGAGAACAAACCUUGUAUAAAGUAUACCGGACACUACUUCAUAACCACGUUGCUCUACUCUUUCUUCCUGGGAUGUUUUGGAGUAGAUCGUUUCUGCCUGGGACACACUGGCACAGCAGUGGGGAAGCUCUUGACCCUUGGAGGACUUGGGAUUUGGUGGUUUGUUGACCUUAUUUUGCUGAUCACUGGAGGGCUGAUGCCCAGUGAUGGCAGCAAUUGGUGCACCGUUUACUAAGAAGAGCUGCUGUUGUGGCCCAGAGAGGCAAGGCUCUUGGAUUCAUCUCUGCAGGCUCAGAACUCCUCGACAUCAGGCCUGACCAGUAUUUUCCCUCGUUGGAGAGAAUGGCUUUGAUUAGGAAGGUGGCUUCAGACUGUGGAUGUUUGACCCAGAUUUGACCUUGCAGACUAGAAAUGACAAGCAGACAGUAUUGUGGGUAUCAAGUUUGUACCUUUCCUCAUGUACCAAAAAUAUAAAGGAUAGUGAUUAACUUA